CACUAUUAUGCGCUAAACGCUAUGGUGGUUUGCGAUGCCGAUCUGAAGAUCCUCAAUUUUGACGCCACCUUUCCUGGAUCUGUUCACGAUUCUUUUGUGUGGCGAGCGUCUUUGCUUAAGGAAGAGUUUGGAAAAGAAAACCUGGUAAAAGAAAACGAGUGCUUGCUUGGUGACAGUGGUUAUCCCCUGGAACCGUGGCUUCUUACUCCGAUCCCUGGCCGCCCUGCUGAGCAGACACCUGAAGCUGAAUUCAACAAGAGGCAUCGUUCCACACGCUCUAUUGUGGAGCGCUGCAUAGGCAUGUUGAAGAACAGAUUCAGGUGUCUGCAGAGGUACCGCGCACUGCAUUACGAUCCGGACAGGGCGUGCAAUAUCGCCACGGCAUGUGCCAUCCUGCACAAUGUGUGCUUGUAUAGCACAAUUUCAGAGCCUUCCCCCGAGCCCCUCGUGUCCGAGGAGUCCGACUCAGAAGACUCGGAGUCAGACAGCAGCGACAGCGACACCAACACCAGGAGCCUGAGAGACAGGGGGCUGGCAAUGCGGCAGCGAAAACCCAAGCACGUCCCACUCAUCGGUCUCGCCCUGCACAGCCAUGAAGCUAAAUGCAUGUGCCUACCUAUUCUGCCCCCCAUACCAGUCGCAGAAGAAACCUAA